CGUGAUGCUACACUAUCUCGUGCACAACUGAAACGAGAUACUGCUUCUUCCAUUUUUCUUUAUAUACUUCUCUCCUUUUCGUUCAUAACCCAUUGGUGAACAUGAAUCACGUCCGUGAAUCAAUCCGCCAGAUUGACAGCCAAUCUUGGUUAAUUUCAGAAACACUGCUUCUACGUCACAUGCAAGCACCUUCCUCCUGCUCUGCCUCAUGGAGUGAUGGUAAAGGCGGUUUCUUUGUUCUGUCUAACUCUUCUGGCCUUCUUCCUUCGGAGACACAGCCACUCUCCGAUACCGGCGUUAUUCAAAAAGUUUACGAUGCAGGAGAUGUUUCGGCGGUCUGGCGCGUUGGUGAAGCUUUCGUCAAGGUGAAAGACUUAGGUACCCCAGAUGCCACAAGAGAACACAACACUUUGCAAUACGUACGAAACAAGCAGCCGCUCAGCUUCCGCAUCCCCCACGUCUAUUACCACACUGAUCUCGGACCCAGUCGGUACUUGAUCGUUAUUAGUAGAGUUGCCGGCCAAACACUGAAUGAAUUAUGGUACGACAUGAAUGAACCAUUAAGACAAGAAUGCAUCCGCCGCGUCGCGAGAAUUUGUACGGAGUUGGCAGCUUGGAAGGGUAAAGCUAUUAGUGGGGUCGAUGGCAAGCAUUUGACCGAAUAUUACUUCGCCAGAGCUGAGGGAGGAUACGACUUCAGCUCUGACAAUCUUCUGAAAAACUGCAAGGAAAUAGGGAUGGAUUGUUCGUCUUUUGUUUUCUAUCAUUGCGACCUGGGACCCGGGAAUAUCCUCUAUGACGCAAGCGACGGGUCUAUUUCUAUUAUCGACUGGGAAACAGCUGGGUAUGUUCCGAAAGAGUGGAUUUGUACGAAGUUUCGGUGUUCCAGUGGGCAUGACCUACCUGAGAAAGCUGGGACAGAUGUUGAACAGGUAGACUGGAGACGCCGUGUCGGUCGGGAGUUGAUAGGACUAGAGUUUUAUGAUAUUGUUGAUGAGUGGCUAGAUUGGCGGACUAGAAGCGACUGAUCGCCUAACACUCUAUUUGUCUAUAUUUAUAAGGAAUUAGCCCUUAAUGAUAAACCAGAGGGCAACAUGCCCAGAAGGCCUGUCUAGACAGUAACCCACCGUCUAUAUCUACGAAGUAAGAAAUGGAAGAAUUUUUAGCUUCUAAGUCCCCCUUACUUCUGUAAACUUCUCCCUAGAUACUAUCCUCUACUAAUGCUUAAUGUAGUACUUCUCAUGAUAGCUAUUCUACUACCUGCAAUAUUCUAC